AUGAAGAGUGGCUUCGAAGUUUUCGAGUUUGGCGAAGAAGACGAACUGACGGAGCGCGCGGAUGCCAAAUUCCUGAGCAAGUUCAAAAACCCUAACCCACCCGACAAUUCAACCUGCCAAUUCGCCAAAUGCGUUGCUCGUACAUCUGACGGUCCAAGUGAAAAGGUUGAUAGAUUAGCCUUUGUAGAUGUAGAUGCCCCUGAACAUGAUCAGCAGGUUGGCAACCACAUUACAGCAGCUUCUCAGAUGGUUGAGAAGGAUGUAGCUGCCAAAGAAAGGAAGCCUUGCCAAGAUGCUGCUUCUCUAAGUUCCCUAAUUAUUCAUCAUGACUUCCAUUCAGAGAUUGAUUGCUGUCAAACUGCAAAUUCUUCUAUUGAGCAGGAGGAGAGAAUUACAUUCCUUAAGAGUGAGUCUAAGAGUAUUGUCCCUGUUGCUGACGACAACUUUGCUGAAAGUGAUCCAUCAAGACUGUCUCCUGCGAUUGCUAGAGAUUGUGCUUUUUUAAAUGGCGUUCCUUCGACAAAUUGUUUUGACAGCCUGCAAACGGCUGAAGCAGAAAUAUGUAUUCCAGUUGACUAUGUCGUCUAUCAAAAGAACUUCUUACCAGGAUGCUCAGUGUUCUUCUCUCAUGACAACAUCAAAAUCAGCGGUCUAACUACACCUGAACAAGACCAAGAAAUCCAUAGCCUUGAAAAGGGUAUUGAUGACAUCGUCCAUAUCCAAUGUGAACAGCUCCAAAGGUUUGAAAGUGUCUCUGUUAAGCUCCAUGUACUGUCAAAGGAUGCAGGACAAGUUCAUGGAACCUCAGGUGUAGAGGAGUUGGAGUUUGUAGUUAGUGACCCAGAUUGGUCAGGAAGGUGGCAACAGAUCACAUCUUUGAAUGUGAAAUACAUGAGUCUUUGGAGAGCUGUUCACGAUAAUGAAGAUGGAAGAGUUGACCCACUUCCAAGAAAGCCGCAUUUCCCAAAUUUUGAGAGGGUUUUUGAAGAUGUUAUCUAUCCAGAAGGGGAUUGUGAUGCAGUUUCUAUCAGCAAGAGAGAUGUUGAUCUUCUGGAGCCAGAAACUUUCAUUAAUGAUACAAUUAUUGACUUUUACAUCCAGUACCUGAAGAACCAAAUUCCUUCUGAAGAGAAGCACAAAUUCCAUUUUUUCAAUAGUUUUUUCUUUCGGAAGCUUGCUGAUCUGGACAAAGAUCCCUCUAGUGCUCUCGAUGGUCGAGCUGCCUUCUUACGUGUUCAUAAGUGGACAAGGAAGGUGGAUCUAUUUGGCAAAGACUAUGUUUUCAUUCCUGUCAAUUUUGGUCUUCACUGGAGUUUGCUAGUAAUAUGCCAUCCUGGUGAAGUGGCAAGCUUCAAAGAGGAAGACCCUGAGAAGUCCCUCAGACUACCUUGUAUUUUGCAUAUGGAUUCCAUCAAAGGGACUCAUGCGGGUCUAAAAAAUCUUGUUCAAAGUUAUUUGUGGGAAGAGUUUAAACAGAGACAGAAAGAGGCAUCAGAAGAUUUAUUUUCCAAGUUUAUGAAUUUGCGGUUUGUCCCUCUUGAGCUGCCUCAGCAGGAAAAUUCAUUUGAUUGUGGACUUUUCCUGCUUCACUACUUGGAGCUGUUUCUAUCGGAAGCCCCUGUGGAAUUCAACCUCUUUAACAUAAACAAGUUCUCCAAAUUUCUGAGUGGAGAUUGGUUUCACCCUGCUGAGGCGUCACUCAAACGCUCUUUAAUUCAGAAACUGGUUGCGGAACUAUUGGAAAAUCGUGACAAGGAAGGUAUUUCUUCUGGUGAUGUUGCUGGUAAAGCACAAUCUGAUUUUCCAGAUGGCGGGAAAGAAUCAGGAGUUGAGUUUGUGGCAAGGAAAUUCACUCCUACAGAAGGCAGCCAGGGGAUUGAGAUGACCAUGUUAGAAACAUCAUCUUCUAUGAGAAACUCUGAACGUAUUGUUGGUGAGCCAAAUUUGGUGCUGAGGGAUCUUUUUCAUCCGGGAGUUUCAGCAGGAUCAUUGCAUGCUAAGUGUUCAUCCUUUGAACCAUCGUCAUCUUAUUAUCAUCUCAAUGGUGAUGUGGCACCUAUGGAGGCUGAUCUAGAUGGUGAGUUUAUGGAGUUCCCAUCCAGUGAAGAAGCUGUUUUCUCCAACUCUUUCUCAUUCCAAGGAUUAACUGCUGGUGCUUCCUCCUGGAAACCUAAAUUUUCCAUGAGGGAAGAUGCAGAAGAUUCAUCAUCUGAAACCUCAAGUUCAGACUGUGAAUCUGAUGAUUCUACUUCAGAAUCAGAUAUUGGGAUCACUGAAAAUUUUGCCUUGACCACCAAUGGCUAUGAUGCAUGUAAGGAGGAGAACAUCAACACGCAAACAUCUUCUGCUUGUUUGUUGGAUGAUUAUAACAACGAGUGUCUGACAGAUAGCCAUGCUUCAAUGUCUCCUGACAUCAUGUUGGAAACUUGCGCCACGGAAGGUGCAGACUGUACAACAACCAAUAUGGCUUGCGAUUCCAAGAAGAAUCAUGGAGAUAAUAGGAGCAUAAGUAUGACAACACAACUGCAACACGAGCAUAAUGCCACAAGCAGAGAGUUGUUGGAUCAGAAGGAAGAGGCUAUCGGCGAUGGUGUGACCUCAGCACUCAACGGCAAUGAUGCAUGUUUAGAAUCAGCCUCGAAUAGGGAUCUGCCCGAAAUCGACAUUCCAGAAAUGAAGCCAGUGGAGGAAGAGCCUGGAAUGGUGGACGAGAGAGCUCAAAAAGGGAAUGUAGAAUUGGCCUCAAAUGGCGAUUUGCCAGAAACUGAGGUUGCACAAUUUGAGGCAGAAGAGCCGGGAAUAGUGGAUGAGAAAGCUGCAGAAGGGGAUUCAGCAUCAAACUUGAAAAGGAAUGUGACAGAUAUCGAGGGAGCCGAAGCAGACUCGGGAUUAGCACAGGAGAAUCCUUCGAAAAGGCUCCGGCUGUUGGAAGAUGAGCCUGUUGACGGGGCACCACAAGAGGGUACGUUUCUCGAAGGGGUGGUUUGA